CAAACCACUACCCUCCAAGCAGGCCAUGCUGUUAGUGUUUACGCAUCCAGAUGAUGCACUCGGCCGACUCGGGUGGUUUCUUCCAAGGGAUAUUUUGGUGAUCUGAAGGUCUUUUGAGCAAGAGAGAAAAAUCAAUCAAGAGAUCAUUGAUCAGUUGAAUCAUGCCGGGACACGAAGAGCUCCCAGUCCCAAUCUACACCGCUCUGGAGCCGGUCUACGGCGCCGGAUCGCCGUCGGAAGAGGCGGAGCAGCGGUUCGGUGUUCUCAAGGCCAAGUUCAUCGAGUUCUACGGCCAUCCUCCCGAUUGCUACGCUCGAUCCCCAGGGAGAGUGAAUUUGAUUGGGGAGCAUAUUGACUAUGAGGGGUACUCUGUCCUGCCGAUGGCUAUUAGACAAGAUACGAUUGUUGCAAUUCGGAAGCACGGCGCCGAUGAGCCUGAGAAGCUUCUCAGGAUUGGGAAUGUCAACCAGAAAUAUGCUAUCUGCACUUACCCUGCUGAUCCCGAUCAGGUGAUUGAUCUUAAGAAUCACAAAUGGGGUCAUUAUUUUAUUUGCGGGUAUAAGGGUUUUUAUGAGUAUGCCAGAUCAAAUGGAAUAGAUGUGGGCGUUCCAGUUGGACUUGAUGUUCUCAUCGACGGCACCGUCCCAACAGGUUCUGGACUUUCAAGCUCUGCUGCAUUUGUUUGCUCUUCCACCAUAGCUAUAAUGGCUUCUUUUGGUGUCAGCAUAAAAAAGAAAGAACUUGCCCAACUUGCAUGUGAAUGUGAAAGACACAUUGGCACACAGUCUGGUGGAAUGGAUCAGGCAAUUUCUAUCAUGGCUCAAUCUGGAUUCGCAGAGUUGAUUGAUUUCAACCCAAUACGUUCUACUGAUGUUCAGCUUCCUUCUGGUGGUUCUUUUGUUAUAGCUCACUCUUUAGCUGAAUCCCAAAAGGCAGUCACUGCUGCUGUAAACUACAAUAACAGGGUUGUUGAAUGCAGGCUAGCUUCUAUUGUACUGGGAAUCAAACUUGGGAUGGAUAGUCGUGAGGCCAUAUCGAAAGUGAAAACACUAUCUGAUGUCGAAGGAUUAUGCGUAUCAUUUGCCUCUGCUCGUGGGUCUUCUGAUCCUGUCAUUGCUGUCAAAGAACUUUUGAAGGAAGAUCCAUAUAGUGCUGAAGACAUUGAAAAAAUAAUAGAGGAAAAACUGCAAACAAUAUUUGCCAAUUCCCCCUCCUCUUUGGAUGUAUUAGAAGCCGCAAACAACUUCAAGUUGCAUCAGAGAGCUGCUCAUGUUUACUCUGAGGCUAAGCGUGUGUACGAAUUUAAGGAUACCGUAUCAUCAAGUAUAAGUGAAGAAGAAAAGCUGAAGAAGCUUGGCGAUCUUAUGAAUGAGAGCCAUUACAGUUGCAGCGUUCUCUACGAGUGCAGCUGUCCAGAGCUCGAAGAACUUGUAAAGAUUUGUCGCGAUAAUGGUGCUUUGGGGGCCAGGCUUACAGGUGCAGGAUGGGGAGGUUGUGCUGUGGCUCUAGUUAAAGAAAGUCACAUACCUCAUUUUAUACUCAAUCUGAAGGACCAAUUUUACCAAUCAAGAAUUGAUAAAGGAGUCAUCAACAAGAGUGAUUUGGGCAUGUAUCUCUUUGCUUCCAAUCCCUCAAGUGGUGCUGCCAUUUUCAAAUUUUAGUUGCAGUCAGUCAAUCUUUCUUGUUUCCUUUACAAUUUAAUGAUGAUUAUCAUGCACUCAUCUUUGAUCUCUCUUUGGAAAAUAAAGCAAUUAUUAUUAU